AUAGGUUUAACUUUUCAACAGAAUUAUAUCACUUGAAACAUACUCCUGAGUCCUGAGGAUAUUACAUUAUUUGUUGUGUUAUUUGGUUUUAAUCAAUUACUGUAAUUAAAUCACAAAAAGAUUAUCGUAAAAUAAAAUUUCAAACGGAUGAUUUAUCGCUAUCAUGUCAGAUAUGGAUAUUAUAGAAGUUGACGACGAGAAUCAAUUCCACGGCAAUAAAAGUGAAAACCAUAAAUUAAAUUCUCAAUCAGAAACUAGAAAUGGAGGAAAAUCGGAGGGUAUUCGUCGAAUGGUGGACAUAACCCGUGACAAGCCAAUUAAAGUUUCCAUCAGGGUAGCUGUACCUGUAAGAGACCAUCCAAAGUUUAAUUUUGUGGGGAAACUAUUAGGACCAAAAGGCAAUUCUUUGAAGAGAUUACAAGAAGAUACCAUAACGAAAAUGGCAAUACUUGGUCGUGGAUCUAUGCGUGAUCGGAACAAGGAGGAAAAGCUAAGAAAUUCAGGAGAUCCAAAAUUUUCUCAUCUCAAAGACGAUCUUCAUGUUGAAAUAACAGCUUUUGCUCCUCCAGCAGAAGCGCACGCUCGUAUUGCAUAUGCUUUAACAGAAGUCCGAAGAUUUUUAGUACCGGAUUAUAACGAUGAAAUACGACAAGAGCAAAUGUGGGAAAUGCAAAUAUUACAGAAGGGAUCGGGGGACGCUACCGAUUCGGAAACCGGCGAGAGCGGAUCUUCGUCUCAUUCCGUGGAUGAUAAUCGCCAAAAUUACAGCGCCGUUCAUUCAACUGGAGAAUGUUCGCCGGUGCACACCAAACACAGCAAUAUCAACACUAAUCAAACGAUAAUUAACGUAUCAGAAAAACAUGUGAUUCCGAACAAUUCAAAUGGAUUAACGGAAACUCCAGGAAGGAAACGUCCCCUGUUGUCUGGAGAAUGUGCCAAAGUAUCAAUGACUCCAUCAAAGAGAACAGUAAUGGCGAUUCUGGCAAGAGCUAGAACUGCACAAGUACACGUCAAAGACAUGGUCACAUUUUCACCGCAUUUUAAUGGACUCGUUCAGACAGAUGUAUCCACAUACAGAGAAAAGCCUUUUAUCCCCACGACCAAUCUGCUAUUGAACUAAAUAUAAUAUAAUACUCUUCGUAGCAUCCAUAGAUUACCCAAUCAAACUUCUCCGUAGUCACAACACAUGAAACUAUGGGUCAAUGUACUUUUUAAUCAUUAUAUAAUAAUUAAUUUAAUUUAAAACAAAUCAGUAACAUUUUAGUUUAUACAUUGGGUAAGAAUUAUAAACUUUAUUAAUCAUUAUAAUGAUUAGAAAAAAAUUGCUCAAAUAUAUUAUAAUAGUGUUUGAUAUUUACAACACCUAAGUAUGUAUAAUAAUAUCUCACGAGCUAUCUUCGUAAAAUAAUGAAAACAUUUUAAAGUUGAUCAUAGGUAUAAGUAAAAUAAUAAAAUAAAAUUACAUUAUAUUAAUUUCCUUGAUAAUAUCACAAUAAAUACUCAACAUUAUUCUACAUAAAAAUAGUUUAUAAUACUAAUCCAGUUAAUCAAUAUGUAAAUGUAAUAUAUAAUUCUAAA